CAUGUUUUAAUUUGCUUUUCUUUUUCUUUUGCUACUGCUGUUGUUUGUCACUGACCAAACAGACUAAAUAAUAAUGCUUUCAUUUUCUUUUUUUAUUUUUUGAUAACCAAUGCUUUUAUUUUCUACCACUUCAAUUAUUUUCAAUUGAUGUGAAAUAUUGUGUUUAUAUGAUAUUUAUGAGCUUUAAUUCUACUAUUGUAUUGCCCAUUUAUGUCAAAGUUUACCUUCUUUCAGGGUUUAUGUUUUACAUAUAUUUGUGUUCAUUUAUGCUGUAUUACUAUCUGCUUUAUCUUUUUUUUUUUCCAGUUAGUUUCUGAAUGUGGGUUUUAUUUCUUAUAUUGAAAAUUGGAAGUGUAUAAGGGUUUUUGCUAUCUCUCGAAUGUUUGAGCUAACCUCAGCCUCUUGUCUGUUCACAUUUCAAUUGGAAUAUGCAAAAGAGAUUGAGAGCUUUAAUGGCAUGUUUUAUGUGAUAAUACAUCAGAUACGGGUGAUGGCUGUUCAAUGCUUGUUGAGCUUUCUGACGAUGACCCUUUCUUUGACAAAAAGAAGAGAUUACUCAAUGACCAGGGAUUUGGUGUCAAGGAAACUGUACAUAUUAAGAGCUCUUUGGAUCCUGCUUCACUAAGUACUAUUUUGAAUCAAAUGCUGCAGAUAGCUAGAAUUAUACAUUUAGAUGAGGUAGAUCUAUAUUUUGGUCAAAUUGAUGGAAUGGGACUUUACAGCCCCAGGAAUGAGAUGGAGGCUCUAAAUUCGAUGCUUUCACUUAUCAACACCUCAUUUUCCAGUCAAGUACACAUGCAAACACAUGCAUUGCAAGAUCUACAAGAUGCAAUUGUUAAGAGGAUCCAUGAGUUUGGAGCCAAGUAUAAAGUGGAGAAUAAAAUUGAUAAAAGCUACAACUGUGAUAAAGAGAAGCGUUUAGUAGAGUGGGCUGAAAAUAAUGGUGUAAAAACAAGACUGCAGAUAGCUUAUAUUGAAGGAGCUGGUAGAGGAGCCAUUGCAAUGGAAGAUCUUGAAGUUGGAGACAUUGCUAUGGAGAUUCCUGCAUCUAUUAUAAUCUCUGAAGAUCUUGUACAUAAAUCUGACAUGUAUCAAAUAUUAGAGAAGAUUGAUGGAAUGUCGUCUGAGACUAUGUUGUUGUUGUGGACCAUGAAGGAGAAGCACAAUUGUAAUUCACAAUUCAAGAUUUACUUUGAUACACUACCAGAAAAUUUUAACACAGGAUUGAGCUUUGGAGUUGAAGCAAUCAUGGCUUUGGAUGGAACUUUGCUCUUCGAAGAGAUAAUGCAAGCAAAAGAGCAUUUACGUGUUCAAUAUGAUGAGGUAUUUCCUGCACUAUCCAAAGAUCAUCCUGAUAUAUUUCCAGAGAAGCACUACACAUGGGAGCAAUUUUUAUGGGCUUGUGAACUCUGGUAUGCUAACAGCAUGAAAAUAAUGUUUGCUGAUGGAAAACUGAGGACUUGCUUGAUACCUGUUGCAGGCUUUCUCAAUCAUUCAUUACAUCCACACAUAGUUCACUAUGGCAAAGUAGAUUCUGCUACAAAUUCCUUGAAAUUUUCUCUAUCAAGCCCUUGCAGUGUUGGAGAACAAUGCUGCCUUAGUUAUGGAAGGUUCUCUGGUUCCCAUCUAGUUACCUUUUAUGGCUUCUUACCACAAGGAGACAACCCUUAUGAUGUGAUUCCAUUGGAUUUUGAUGUUGACUCCACUGACGAUUGCCCCUUGUCAAACUGGACCACCCACAUGGUCCGGGGAACCUGGCUGUCAAACAAUCAAAGUAUCUUCUAUUAUGGCUUACCAUCUCCUUUAUUAGACUUUCUACGAAGAGCUCGGAGCCCUAUGCCAUUAACUAAGACCCUUAUUGAAGCAAACUUGGAAGUUGAUAAACAAGUUCUUGAAGAUCUACAGUCCACAUUCAAUGACAUGCUGGAAAAUUUAGGUGACACAGAUUUGGUUGAUAGAAAAAAUGCCAGUUGGGAUGUGAAGUUGGCAUUGGAAUUUAAAGAGAUGCAGAGGAGGAUUUUCUCCUCGAUUACAACUUCAUGUUCAACAGGUGUUCAGCUGGUGGAAUAUGAACUGUCCAAGUGCAAGGCUGAGGAUAAGGACAAGGUAUUGGCCAGAUGAGCUGGCCGUUGCUUCAGUGCCUACAGCUGAUCUCUACAAUGUAUUCAUCAUAAAGCCUAUCAUGAUGCUGAUUGUUGAAUGUUGCUUUUGUGGCGCACGGUCAUCAGUAUGACAACUUUUUAUUUUUUAUUUUUACAAAAUCUUGUUAAUAGCCGCACCCACAAGGUCAAUGACCUGUCAGCAUCUGACACCGUCAUUGAAUUUUGAUAUUAUAAGCAGCAUGAAACCAUGGACUUUGACAUGAAUAAUGGGUAUAAUUUUAUUAUCAAUGGUAUUACGAGAGUUUCUAUGUUAUCACAAAUACAUGUUGAUUGUCC